AUGAUUGGUAGAAUAGAUGUUACCAAUGGCAACGAAUUGCGCCUACCGUUGACCAUCCCCGAAUGGAAAAAUGCCAAUGUAGCUGGCGGUGGCUUGGAACGGCUUCUGUUGCUGCUGGACAAGGAACAAAAGGCAGAAUCCAACGCCUGGAUCUCAUUAGCGACUGAAGACUUAGUUCGCCAGCAAUGGGAGGCUGCUCAGGCGGCCAAGGCCAGUGGAGCUGACGUCCCCUUGUUUGGUGUCCCGUUUGCGGCCAAGGACAACAUCGAUGCCAUUGGCUUUCCCACUACCGCCGCUUGUCCGGCUUUUUCUACAGGACCCGUGGACACUGACGCCACAGUCAUCUCCCGGCUGAAGGGAGCGGGCGCCAUCCUGAUUGGCAAGACCAAUCUUGACCAGUUCGCUACCGGCCUGGUGGGCACCCGAUCUCCAUACGGCGCAGUGUCCAACACGUUUGAUCCUGAACGUGUCAGUGGUGGGUCGAGCUCCGGAAGCGCCGUUGUAGUCGCGCGGGGCACUGUACCUUUUUCGCUCGGCACCGACACCGCCGGCUCCGGUAGAGUCCCGGCUGGCCUGAACAACCUCAUUGGUCUGAAACCAACCAGGGGUGCUAUCAGCACAACCGGUGUAAUACCUGCCUGCAGAACGCUAGAUUGCGUCUCCAUCUUUGCUUUGACGGUCGACGAUGCACAGGAAGUCCUUGCCGUUGCCGAGGGGCAUGAUCCGUCAGACUCAUACUCUCGGCCACGGCCAUCUCUGACCGUUGAGCCUGCCAUAUCACAAUCCCUCACAUUUGCCAUCUGCAAAGACCCAAACUGGUUCGGCGCCGCUGAUAGAGCGUCAGCCUACGACGCUGCGCUCAACAGAGUACGAGAUGCAGGGAUUGCCUUGGAGCCAGUUGACUUCUCAGACCUGUUUGAGCUUGCAAGUCUACUCUACGAAGGCCCAUGGGUAGCUGAGAGAUAUGCUGCUAUUAGAUCCCUCAUCGAGCAUGAGCCAGCAGCACUUGACCCUACUGUCCGCCAAAUCAUCCUCAAAGCUAAUGCGUUCAGCGCAGCCGACCUCUUCGAUGCACAAUAUCGGCGUCAAUAUCUCGUCAAGAAGAUUUCUGCGGCCUAUGCAAAGUAUGAUGCAAUCCUUGUGCCGACGGCACCAACAUUCCCACUACUCCGAGACGUCGCGCGGGAGCCUGUCAGGGAAAACUCGCUCUUGGGCACUUAUACCAACUUUGUAAACUUUAUGGACUGGUCGGCCCUUUCCAUCCCCGCUGGUUUCUGCCCUCAGGAGCUUCCGUUUGGGAUAACACUAAUCUCAGACACUUGGCAGGAGCCAAAACUAAUAUCCCUAGCCAAGACAUUCCUCUCGACUAACAAGAGGCGCCUGGGCGCCACCAAUACCUUAUAUCAACAGCCUGAAGUAGAAACUCAAAUCCCCGCUUUGGAGAACAGCCUUCCCUCAAACACUAUAUCCGUAGCUGUCGUGGGAGCACAUUUGCGUGGAUUUCCACUCAACAAAGAUCUGACGUCGAGGGGUGCCGUGUUCUCAGAAGCCACCAAAACGGCGCCUCAAUACCAAAUCUUUUCCUUGGCGGCUCCCGAGGGUGCUAUCCGGAAGCCUGGCCUGCGACGAGUCGGCAAAGGCGAAACGGGCCACCCUGUUGAGGUCGAGGUUUGGAAGCUACCAGAGGCUCAGUUUGCUAGCUUCUUUGUCACAAUCCCAAGUCCACUAGGUCUUGGCUCCAUAGAGCUUGCAACAGGUUCCUGGGUCUUUGGUUUCAUUUGCGAGCCCGCGGGCUUUGACGAUGCGGUUGACAUCAGCCAUUACGGAGGUUGGAAACACUAUAUGGCAGCUCAGUCAGGUAAUGGAGUUGCAGCCGAGUCCAGAAAUGGCGUUGUCGCCAAGGAGAAACAUGUUUCAUCCGCUCCCGACAGCUAUAUCGAAUCUGCUCCGCGGCGGAUCAAGUCGGUUCUGAUAGCCAACCGGGGUGAAAUAGCAGUCCGCAUCAUCAAAACCCUGCGGACCAUGGGCAUCAAGUCCAUCGCCAUCUACUCGACCGCCGACGCAGCGGCUGAGCAUGUACGGAUCGCCGACGUGGCCUGGCCGCUUCUUGGUGACACGGUCGGUGAGACAUACCUGUCCCACAGCCAGAUACUAGACGCCGCCAAGAAGACGGACGCAGAUGCCGUGAUUCCAGGGUACGGCUUCCUCGCCGAAAACGCCGACUUUGCCAGCAAAGUCGAGGAAGCAGGCCUCGUCUGGAUUGGGCCGACACCAGACCAGAUGCGUGAUCUGGGGCUGAAGCACCGAGCGCGCGAGAUUGCUCAAGCCGCUGGCGUCCCUACAGUCCCAGGAACGGCGCUGCUCAAGGACGGCGCGCAGGCGGUAGCCGAAGCGGGCAGGAUCGGCUUUCCUGUCAUGAUAAAGAGCACUGCUGGCGGUGGCGGCAUCGGACUGCGUGUAUCGCACGAUGUCGAAUCGCUCAAGGAGGACUAUGAGAGCGUCCAGAGAUUGGCGGCUUCUCACUUUGGCGACGCUGGUGUUUUCCUGGAACGUUUCGUCCAGCGAGCACGCCAUAUCGAGGUGCAGGUCCUGGGUGAUGGAAAAGGGGCUGUCGUUACUGUCGGCGAAAGGGACUGUUCUCUCCAGAGACGCAAUCAGAAGGUCGUCGAGGAGUGCCCGGCCUUCUUUGUACCUCAAGAGGUACGACAGAGGAUGCGGAAGGCUGCCGUUGAUCUCGCUGCAGCGGUCAGCUAUCGCAACGUUGGCACGGUCGAGUUUAUCUAUGAUGUUGACAAGGAAGAUUUCUUCUUCCUCGAGAUGAACACGCGUCUUCAGGUCGAACAUCCGGUAACGGAAGAAGUAAUGGGCCUGGACCUCGUCGAGUCGAUGGUUCAGGUCGCAGGCGGCCAAGGCAUAACUUAUCAACCUCAAGCUGUCGACACCGACAACAAGUUCUCGAUUGAAGCUCGCAUAUAUGCCGAGUCUCCACUGCAGAACUUUCGUCCGUCUUCGGGCAAGCUGUUGGACAUUCAGUUCCCUGCCAACGUCCGUGUUGACACGUGGGUUCGUUCCGGAACAGAGUUGUCAUCCUCUUAUGACCCCCUGAUUGCCAAGAUAAUUGCAACCGACAGUUCGAGAAGCGCAGCAAUAGACAGGCUCCUCGAGGCUCUGAGAUCAACGACAAUAACUGGCGUCGAAACCAACGUUGAUUACGUGGCCCAGAUAGUCGCAUCACCGGAGUUUAGGGCUGGCAAUUUCACCACCAAAACCCUGGACACAUUUGCUUACCAGCUGAGAGCGGUCGAGGUAUUGGAGCCUGGUCCUGGGACGACGGUACAGGAUUACCCGGGCCGAACCGGCUACUGGCACAUUGGCAUUCCCCCCUCGGGUCCAAUGGACAGCUGCUCCCUUCGAAGGGCAAACAAGCUUGUGGGCAACGAGGAGGGCGCCGCAGGACUCGAAUGUAGCAUCCAGGGCCCGAAAUUAUUGUUCCACUGUGAUGCGGUCGUGGCCGUGACUGGGGCGCUGGCCGAUGUCUCUGUUGAUGGCCAUGUUGUCGAUUCCACAAAGGCAAUCCAGAUUAAAAAGGGCCAAUCUCUGUCCGUGGGUAUACCAACAUCCGGCUGCCGUUCUUACAUUGCCUUCCAGGGCGGAGGUCUCCACGUGCCCGAUGUGUAUGGCAGCCGAUCAACCUUUACCCUCGGUAGGCUCGGAGGUCUCAACGGGCGAGCGCUGCAGUGCGGAGACCUUUUGAGACUAGAAAGUCUACCGGUGGACGAAGUAUUGCGGUCUCGACCAGCCACGCUCCCAAGACUACCACUUCCCACGGGCUUUGUGUCGCAAUGGAAGGUUGCUGUCAUGCCCGGUCCGCAUGGCUGUCCAGACUUCUUCACCAAGGAAGGAUACCAAGAGCUGUUCGCUGCAUCUUGGAAAGUCCAUUACAACAGCAAUCGGUCGGGCGUCCGUCUCCGAGGGCCUACGCCGCAAUGGGCGCGUGCAGACGGCGGCUCCGCCGGCCUCCACCCUUCAAACAUACACGACAGCCCAUAUGCCAUAGGAAGCAUCAGCUUUACGGGAGACGACGCGGUGGUGCUGACGGGCGAUGGACCCAGCCUAGGCGGCUUUGUAGUGUUUGCUACCGUGAUCACGGCUGAGAUGUGGAAAUUUGGGCAGAUGCGCCCUGGCGACCAGAUUCAACUCGUGCCGGUCCAUCGGAACUGGGCGCUUGAACAAGCAGCCGAGUUUGACGAGAGUGUUAAAAACCUUGCUGAUCUCCCUGACUGGUCAGCAACUGCAGCCUCGGAUACUUUAACGCAGGAGCAUCUUACCUCUGAGGCAGUCAUCCUCGUAGACGGAGAGGAUGGAGUGAUUUGCCGGCCGUUUGGUGAUAGGGCCUUCCUGCUCGAGUUUGGACAGCACGAUGGAUUCAACCUGUUGCAAACCUAUCAGAUCGCGAGCCUCGUCCGACAACACAAAGCAUGCCCAAUUCCAAACGUCGAAGAGCUAGUUCCCGGUGUCCGCACGCUGCUUGUCAUGUGCCACACGCUGGCAACAGUUGACAAGGCCUUGGAGGAGCUAAAGUCGCGGGUACCGGCGCUCAUACAAGACCUGCCGACCGCGCUCCCGUCCCGCAGAGUUCGCCUGCCAUUUGUCUUUGAUGACAGCGUCUCCCAGGCGGCUGUCGGCCGCUACAUGAGCACGAUCCGCAGCUCGGCGCCGUACCUCCCAAGCAACGUGGAAUUCUUGCGCGAGCUCAACUUCCCCGACAAGGGCGUGGAAGCGGUCCGGGAGGUGCUGGAAACUGGCGACUUCUUGGUGCUGGGGCUGGGCGACGUCUACCUGGGCUCGCCUUGUGCGGUGCCGCUGGACCCUCGGCAUCGAUUGUUCGGCACCAAGUACAACCCGUCUCGGUCCUUUACGCCCCGAAACUCGGUGGGCAUCGGCGGCCAGUACAUGUGCAUCUAUGCGACGGACUCGCCGGGUGGUUAUCAGCUCCUGGGGAGGACAGCCCCGAUCUGGGACUCGUACGGAAGCAUCAACAGCGACGGGGGCGACAGAGAACCUGCUUGGAUGUUCCAGCUCCUGGACCGCAUUUCGUUUCACCCCGUUUCCGAGGAAGCGCUGGACUCUGCCAUCGCAUCCGGCAAGUAUCACGAUCUUAUCAGCAUUGAGGAGGAUGCUCUCAAUCUGAAAGACUACGAAAAGUGGCUGAGCGAUAACGCCCAAGACAUAGAGCACGUCGUGCAGCAGCGCGUCCAGGCGGUGCGGAGCGCGCCCUUUUACAACGAGCUCCUCAGGCCCUUUGAGGAUGCCACACACGAUGCAGCAUCCAGCCCGGGACAAGCGGUGCUUGACGAUACCUCGGGUGAGCGGGUCAAGGCUAACAUUCCAGGGAGGUGUUUUCGCAUUCACGUAAAAGAAGGCCAGGAGGUGGAUGUGGGAGAUGACGUGGCGUGGAUUGAGGCAAAUAAGAUGGAGCUGAAAAUAUGCUCGCCGGUGCGGGGGAGGUGCGUCAGGGUAUGCGUAGCGGCAGGCAGCAUCGUUGACGCUGGGGACGACUUGGUUGUCAUUGCUUCAGUGUCGUAG